CCAACUGGUGCAAGUUUAAUGGACAAGGAAGAAAUAUUUGUUUAGGUUUAGUCUCGACAACUCACUCGCUUUUUUUGUCAAAAACAAUUUCUCUUUUAAAGUAAUGAAAAUGCCUUUAUUUGCCCAAAACCCCUUUGAUCAAGAUGUCGAGAAGGCAACAAAUGAAAACAACACAACAGAAGACUGGGGGCUCAUUAUGGACAUCUGUGAUAAGAUUGGAACAACACCCAAUGGACCAAAAGACAGCUUGAGAUCCAUAAUGAAGAGAGUCAACCACAAAGUGCCUCAUGUUGCCAUGCAAGCGCUCAAUUUGCUGGGUGCUUGUGUGUCAAACUGUGGCAAAAUAUUUCAUUUGGAAAUUUGCUCGAGGGAGUUUGCCAGUGAAGUGCGGAAUGUGUUGGGCAGGGCCCACCCUAAGGUAUGUGAAAAGUUAAAGGCACUCAUGGUGGAGUGGGCAGAAGACUUCCAGAAGGAUAUGCAGCUCAGCCUGCUCGGUGCCACUAUCAAGUCUCUGAAAGAGGAGGGGAUCAGCUUCCCUGGUGCAACCUCACAGGGGUCCAGCACAAAGGUCAGCACACCCGCUGCAAGCAAAGCAUCAGAUGAGGAUGACCUGGCCAAAGCCAUCGAGCUUUCAUUACAGGAGCAGAAGCAGCAGGCAGAGACAAGACCCCUGACCCUGACCUCUGAUCCCCCAAACUACACUAACAGUGGCGGAGGGCAGGAGGUCCGUAAAGUGCGCGCACUGUACGACUUCGAGGCAGCCGAAGACAACGAGCUGACCUUCAAAGCUGGAGAACUUAUCAUAGUUUUGGAUGACAGUGAUCCAAACUGGUGGAAGGGAGAGAACCACAGAGGAGUUGGACUUUUCCCCUCAAACUUUGUCACAACCAGUCUGACUGCUGAGCCAGAACCAGUAGCUUAUGUUGAGAAGACAGCCAGUCCUGAAGAGACAAGCCUGGAAACCAAAGUUGAGCCUGAGCCUGUGUACAUUGAUGAGGCAAAGAUGGACAGAACGCUGGCGCUACUGCAGAACGCAGAUCCUGCAGAUCCAACUCCUGACUCCCUAGAGCUAAUCCAGCUGGAGGGUGCAUGUGAACAGAUGAACCCAAUGAUUGAUGAGAAACUACAAGAGAUUGACAGGAAUCACUCCGAGUUGUCAGAAUUGAAUAUAAAAGUUUUGGAAGCUCUGGAGCUUUACAAUAAGCUCAUGAAUGAAGCUCCUUUCUACUCAGCGUACUCCAAGAUGCAGUCACAGUAUGCACCAGCCGGCUCGUCUGUGGCCAUGCAGGGUUACCUUGGACCACCUGGUGCCCCUUACCUGCCUCCGGGGAUGCCACAGGUUCCCCCUGCGCAGCCCUACGCUAUGCCCAGUGACCAGCCUGGACCACUGCAUUCACUGCCUCCCAACAUCUCGGCUCCACCCAGCAGCCAAGCUGCUCAGCCUCCAUACAUGAGUAGUGGUAUGAACUCCCAGUACAUGAACCAAGCCGCUGGAGCUCCUUACGCACACCAGGCGGGCGUGGCCAUGGAUAUGUCAGCCUAUCACAACUCCGGCAUGCCUCCCGUGUCCUAUCCAGUAGCUCCUCCCCCUCACCAGGCUCCUCAGCAGCAACAAGCAGCGUAUUAUCAGCAACCUCUGCUGUAGACCUCUGACUGACAGCAGACCUUAGAAUACACACUGCAGACAUCUCAGUUGCAGACUGUUCUUUUUGUUGAACUAGUAUGAGUGGGUGGGUUUUGCUUUAGGCUAAUUCCUUUGGCCUUAUAAUUUCUAUCAAGUUGGACUGACAACAGCUGAAUUCACUGAAGUUUGUGCGUAAUAAUGGUCUGCCGUGUAUUCAAAUUAGGACUCAGCUACUGUAUGUGAGACUAAUAUUGGUUCCAGAGGAUUUCUCCUGUCCUUGAACUGAGCAUAGCUGGUUUUCACAGGUCAACACAAAAGAAGAGGUGGGUUUGCCCUCAAGUACAGGACCAUGUAAUGAGCAUUUUACUAAAGGGUUUGACUAUAGCUACCCCACACUUAAUGCUAUGUCCUAAUUGACAUGAAUUUACACCAUGUUAUAUUAAUCGGUGGUCAAAGAUGGUGAGGCAAAAUAAAGGUAGAUAAACUCAAUAUUUUUUUUUUUUGUUUUUUUUGUCUUUUCACACAACCUUGUCUGAGAAAGCAGUGCGGACAUCGUUUAUCAGUGUCUGCAUUUAAUGUGUUCUCAGGCCCUAAAUUGCUUUCCUGUGGAAGCAUUUUGGCUGGUCUGAGCCAAAUACAAGAACAGUGUGAUGUCAUACACAACAGGGAAUGAAAUAGACUACAAUCCUCCUUGCAGCUCUGCCAUCUUGUUAAGUGUGGCUGAAAUAUCUUCUCUGUCAGAUGUAUGAGAUAGAUGACUGCAAAGUACAACCAGUGUGUUAGAGAUUGACAGCCAGUGACAGUCAGUUGCAAUGACAAGGGUAAACAAAACUGAAAGUGACAGAUGUUUGCAGGCAGGGAAAACCAAGCUCUAACUAAAAUACUCAUGAAGGAUCAUGAACUGGGGCAAACCUGCAUGUAAAACCAACGCUCUAGCUGUAACACAUGUUCAUUUGUAUGUAUCCCUACAGGGCAGUUUCAAGUUUAUCUACAUUACCAAACCAAAUUAUUUGUUUUUCUUUUAGUUUUAAAUUCCCCAUCUUGUCUACAUCGCAUUUUAAGGUCAAAAGGUUAAUUAAUUUAAAAGCAGGUUCAGCUGUAAUUUUUGUUUCUUGCUCAGAAUAAUUGAAACUCAGAAUUGAUGGUGUUCAUCUUUCUGCAAAGCCAGCACCUCACCUCACCAGCAUCCAUCACUGUAGCUGCUCGCUGUCUCGAACAGCAAUGCUGAAGGACAGAUUUAUUUCUUUCAAAAUGUCAUAGGUGAAUGUUAAAAGUUACUUUAGUGCAAAUGGUUCAGAAAUCCCUUUCCUAUAAACUCACUGCCUUUCAUUCUGUGGUUGCAUUUGCAAUAUUUAAAUUGUGUGUGUGUUUUUUUUCUCUUAAUGUCUGCAUGCGCUUGAGGACCGACCCAUCAUAGAUUUUGGUGUGGACUAGUCGUCUCUCUUUACGUGUUUGUACAUCUGAUUCAAUGCUGCAUCUCUUCAUUGUUGUUAUAUCUGUACCUUUCUGCCUCUUUUCAUGUUUAGAGUCUCUUCCAUUCAGUGGAAACUAUCAAGAUUCCACAAUUAUGCAAAUUGCACAAUAUGGAGAUGUUAAUUUCAAACAUUAAUUCAUUAUCAGCAAUGUCUGUACUUUGAUUUAUAUAUAUUGAAAUAUUUUACAUGUCAUUUUCAAGGUUGAAAAGUGUGUAAUUAUUCAUAUUUUCUGCCUU